AUGUUUUGACCUCCGACCACUAGUUGUCCUAUGCCACCAAUUUUUGUUAACUGGAUGAAAUGAACAAAGAAGAAAAUGGUUACGUAAUAAUAAAGAUGCGAUGUUACUUAGGAGGCAUAUAACUCUUACCUCAGUUUAAUGUACCGGGCGGUAAGACGCGAAUAGGUGGAGAUAACAUUGCACAUAGUACAACGUACUGAAACAGUUCAGCGAAAUAUAAUACAAGAAUUAGUUGUUUGGAUGAAAAUGUUUGAACUUGGAAACGUUGGAAAUGUUUAUAAGUAAAAAUAACAUCACAUCGCGACUCUGACCAGGAUAAGCAGUUAGAUGAUGUAUGGACGGAAAAAUAAUACCACGUUUGAAACAUAAAUGCGGUCUGGCUGUGCAUCCCCUGCGGCUGAGAUCCCAGCAUGUCUCGCGCAUCGUCCACGGCCAAGCGCUACACCGGCUCCUCCUACACCAGCCACUAUGGCUCCUAUGGCUCCUCCCUGGGCUCCUCCCUGGGCUCCUCCCUGGGCUCCUAUGGCGAGCGGGACCGACUGGCCUAUAAGAGCAGCUCCUCCAGCUACACCCCCUCCAGCUACCUGAGCAGCAGUGCCAGCCGCCCCCGCGCCUAUGGCACUUCCAUAGAGCCCGACCGUGGGCGAACCACCCCCCGGGCCGACCUGCUGGGGGGGCGGCGCAGCGAAAGCAUGACUCGAGCUCCGGUGAGGUCGUACAGCUCGGGGCUGAGCGGGGGCGGGGUCUACUCCUCCUUCAGCUAUUCCCCAUCCGUGCCCAGCUACCUGUCCUCCUCGCCAGCCACCUCCAGCAUCUCUCUGUCCCGCCGCCGCUCCGUGAGCCAGAGUGACCUGACGCACGAGCUGACGUCGCUGGUGCUGAGAGAACCCACCUCCUGCUCCUCUUCUUCCUCAUCCCCAUCCUCCUCCUCAUCUAGCGGCGGACUGAGGUCAUCGUACCACAGCCGCGGGAGCGAGUCGGUGGAGCCCUACAGCAGCUCUCGCUUUGGAUCCACCCUCCCGCGCGGCUCCAUUGAAGACACAGUAACCAACGGCAACCGCUUCACCCCGUCCAGGGAUAGAGGCUUCACCCGCUCCAUCUCCCCAACGCGGGACACCCCGAACUCCAAGAGCGCCCAGGCCCUGCUGGGGCUGAAGAACCUGGGGAACACAUGCUUCAUGAACUCCAUCCUGCAGUGCCUCAGUAACACGCAGAGCCUGCGCGAUUACUGCCUGAACAACAGCUACCGGCGGGAGCUGAACAGCAGCAGCCGCGGGAAUGGCACCCUGAUGGAGGAGUUUGCCAGACUCAUACAGAGACUGUGGACAUCGUCAGGCAGCGACGCUGUCGGCCCCUCCGAGUUUAAAACGCAGAUCCAGAAAUACGCCCCCAGAUUUGUGGGCUACAAUCAGCAGGACGCGCAGGAGUUCUUGCGCUUCCUGUUGGAUGGUCUGCACAACGAGGUGAACCGCGUUACGGUCCGCCCCCGGGGGCACGCCGAGGACCUGGACCACCUGCCGGAUGAUGAGAAAGGGAAACGCAUGUGGAACCGCUACCUGGAAAGGGAGGACAGCAAGAUAGUGGAUCUCUUCGUUGGCCAGCUGAAGAGCUCGCUGACCUGCUGCCAGUGUGGUUACUGCUCCACUGUGUUCGACCCAUUCUGGGAUCUGUCUCUGCCCAUCGCCAAGAAGGGCCAUGGUGAGGUCAGUCUGAUGGACUGCAUGAGGCUCUUCACCAAGGAGGACGUGCUGGACGGAGACGAGAAACCGACGUGCUACAGGUGUAAGGCCAGGCGGAAAUGCACGAAGAAAUUCACCAUCCAGCGGUUUCCCAAGAUCCUGGUGCUGCAUCUAAAACGGUUCUCCGAAGCUCGGAUCAGAACCAGCAAGCUGUCCACGUUUGUCAGCUUCCCCCUGAAGGAGCUGGACCUCAGGGAGUUUGCGUCAGAGAACAGCACCAAUGCAGUUUACAACCUGUAUGCAGUGUCCAAUCACUCUGGCACCACCAUGGGAGGUCACUACACAGCCUAUUGCCGCAACCCUCCCUCUGGGGAGUGGUACACCUUCAACGACUCCAGAGUGACGCCAAUGUCCUCCAGCCAAGUGCGCGGCAGCGAUGCCUACGUGCUGUUUUACGAGCUGGCGACCUCCUCGCGGAUGUGAGAUCCCCACCCCGGAUGAGCUGGGGGAGAAUGGGCAGGAGCCCGGCCCAAUGGAACUGCUGACAGAGAUAGGGGGGCGGAGCCCAGCAUCUGAUGUCAGCGAGAGAGAGGUUGCCUCCGCCCAAAUGCCCGGCAAGUCCAAGAGGGACAUUCUGCAGGGAUCCUGAGCUGCCCCCCACUUACUCAGUCAUACUCACUCAGCCUGGGUGCAGUGGGGGCGGGGGUCUGCCUGUGUGUGAGGCAGGGAUGACACCGUGGGAAGGUCCGAGGCCGGCCGUCUGUGCACCGCACCUGCAGCCUCAGCUCUCCCCUUAAAUGCGCCUUUCUGUUCAGGAUUGUCAGUCUCAAAAAAAAAAAAAAGACUCGUCACACUUGAUUUUCCUUUUGCAUUUUUCUUGUUGGUUUUUUAUUUAUAAUCUCCCUGCUCCUGGAAGAUGGUCAGGUUUGUGGCGCCCCCUGCUGGGGAUAUUAGACAAUUUAAGUUGCCUCUGAGCUUCAGGUUUUGGGUUUUGAAGAGCAUGCGGCUCACCGUCGCCCCAUUCGCCACACUCCAUCCCAUCACUUUCCCUUCACUCCCACAAGGUGGCGCUGUGCAUUCUAUUCAUUAGGUUGUCCUAUAACAGUUUUAUCUGUGUGGCUGCUAUUGAUUACUGAUGUUUUUAAAAUGCUGUGAAAAUGACAAUCUAAGGUACACUAAAAUAAUGCUGACAGUAUGAAUUUAACAUGCCAUUGAACAACAUGGAAAAGAAUGUUUUGGAAACAGCAUAAAUGUAUAUUUUUAUAUUGUGAUGCAAUAUAGAGAAUGUAGGACACUGUGGUGCUGAAAUGACCCAUUACUGUUUUCAGUUAAAUUAACAGGCGUAAGAGAGACUUUUAUUUAUGCUGACUGGUGAUAAAGUGAUGUCACUUUUUAACCAUGGCUGUUAAAAAAAAAUAUAUAUAUAUAUAUAUUAUAUAUAAAUUAUAUAUUUAUAUAUAUUAUAUAUAUAAAACGAAUAAACUUUUAAAACAA